AUGAAUUGCACCCAUCAUAUUCAAAAUCAUGUAUAAAUGAUAUGUUUAACUCCUCACAAGUGUUAAAGCUAAAGGAAAUUGUGUGGCGAAUGUAUUGAGGAACAUGGAGUGGAUUUAAAAUACAUGGUUUCAAUCAAAAAAUUUCAAGAAAUGAUGAGAAAGAAAUUCGAAGAAUCUAAAAUUGAUGUUUAAUAAGAUAUAUCCAAAUAAAGGCUGCUUUUUAAAUAAAUGCUUUCUUCAACUCUUAAAAUGUUAAAAGAUAUUUGGGAUGAAAUGACAGAAUCAAUAAAAUAGAUAUUUGAUUUGAUUGAGAUUGAAGAUAAAUCUUAUUUAAAUUAUAUGAACAACAAUGUGAAUCCUGUAGAAUUGGCCAAUACUGAAUUAGAAAAGUUAGUCUAAAUUAUUAUAGGAAAACAAUUAGAUGAUUGGAAGGUUUAGAAAAAUUCUUAGUUAAAGAGGUUGGAAAUGACAAAGCAAUAUUUGGAAAAGGAAACGAAGGAGUUUUGUGAAAAAUUUAAUCAAGAAAUAAAGGAGAUUAACUAAUUAAUUAAACUGACUGAUAAUUUAUAAGAAAACAUUGAAUAAUUGAAAGAAAUAAAGUAAGUUUACAACAGAAAGGAAGAUUUCUAUUAGGUAUUGACUUAGACUAAGUAUUUUGACGAAUCCUACCUUAAUGAGCUACUUUAGAUGCUGAAAAAUAAGAAGAUUACUAAUUGUUUAGAGUUCUUUAUAAAUAAAAGUCAGUUAUAAUUUAUCGCAUCUAUGAUUUAAAAUGUUAGUGAAAUAGACUUUAAUAAGAAGAAUUAUUCAACUGAGAACUAUGAUUAAAUUAGAAAGGACUUAAUAAAAUAAAUAUCUUAUGAUGGGUAUAUGAUUGAAUUUUUGAAAUUCCUAGUACAUCUAACAGCCAUUGAUGAGAGAUUUACCUAAAGCGGAUCGAAUGCACUCAAUUUAUUAGUAGAAAUGAAAGUGGAUAUGAGAGAAUAAAACUUUGAGAAUAUAAGGAUUAGAGAUUCUUCUUUGGUUGGAGGAAAUUUUGUAAGAUGCAAUUUCAAUGGAUCAGAAUUUUAUAAUGUGGAUAUAAGUGGAAUGAACUUGAAUUAAGCUUAGUUGUUGAACUGUAAAUGGUAAAACAUCAAAAUAAAUGAGUUAAAUAAAUUAGAGGGUCAUUCUAGCUGUGUUAAUACUAUUUGCUUUUCUCCCAAUGGGACUACUUUAGCAUCAGGUAGUGGAAACGUGAUGUGUACUAGUGAAGAAAGUAAAGAUAACUCAAUCCGUUUAUGGGAUAUUAAGACAGGAUUAUAAAUAAUCAAACUAGAUGGUCAUUCAAGUGGAGUUACUUCAAUUUGUUACUCUCCUAAUGGUAUUACAUUAGCAUCUGGUAGUUAUGAUAAGUCUAUCCUUUUAUGGGAUGUUAAGACAGGAUAAUAAAAAGCAAAAUUAAAUGGUCAUUCAGAUUUUGUAAGAACAAUUUGUUACUCUCCUGAUGGUACUACAUUAGCAUCUGGUAGUGUUGACAACUCUAUCCGUAUAUGGGAUGUUAAAACAGGAUAAUAAAAAGCAAAAUUAGAUGGUCAUUCAAGCGCAGUUGUCUCAAUUUGUUACUCUCCUGAUGCUACUACAGUAGCAUCUGGUAGUGUUGACAACUCUAUCCGUUUAUGGGAUGUUAAGACAGGAUAAUAAAAAGC